AUGGCGGAACAUUCACCGAGAGAAGAUAGUGGGCUGUUCGAGGGCCCUGCGCCUAGUAUUGGCUCUGUACAGAGCGGAGGGUCAAGAGCUUCCUUACCGGGAAACGCUGCCAGCUAUGCUCAUGGAUCUGUGGAAGACGAACCCCGAGAUGGAAGAGGCGUUGGAUUAGCGUUAGGUGGAGAAUCUGGGGAAGCUGGGGAAGAUGUGGGGAAAGGGGCGGCUGUUGGCGCUAGUGGUGCGGGGACAGGUGCUGCCCUGGCGUCGAAAGAAACAGAGCCUAGAGCAGUCGAGGAGGGAACUCCGUUCUACGAAAAGAAAAUAUUCCUCCUCGGAUUGGUGGUCAGCGCCCUCAUCGGCAUCGGUUUGCUCUUCGUGAUUCUAUUUCCCGUCGUCGGCGCGAUCGCACAACAUAUUGUCGAUGUAUCGAGUAUUGGUAUCGACGCGGCGGCAAUUAUCCAGCCGUCAAAUACUUCCUUCACAUUGGGCCUGAACGGAACGGUUUUCCAUACCGGCGUGUUCUCUGCGAUCAUCUCCUUCACCCAACCACUCUCGGUCUAUUGGUUGGAUGGAGACAACGAAGUCCCUCUGGGGACGUUCUCCUUACAAAGUCUUAGUGCCAAUCCGAAAAUCAGGCGAGCGUACAUCAACCAGACAACAGAGUUGACGGUCGCGGAUGAGGACGCUUUUGGACGGUUCACCGCGUACAUGGUGACGUCCCAGAACUUUACCUGGCGUUUGAAGAGCGACAACCUUGAAGCUCGAGCGCUGAAGCUGCCAAUCUCGAAAGGGCUGAAAUUCACCAAAGACAUCACGCUGAACGGGAUCAACAACUUUCAGAACAACGCUGUGAUAACUGAUUUCCAACUUCCUAGUGACAGCCCAGCCGGUGGGAUCAACUACGUUGCCACAACGGAGCUGUAUAACCCUAGCCCUUUUAAACUCGGACUCGGCGUCGUUUCCUUCGCCCUCAGCUAUCAGGGUGUUUAUCUCGGCUUGGGAUCAAGCGACAACACUAACAUCAGCCCCGGAAACAACACUAUCACGCUCAGUGGCGUCCUUGUGCCGCACAAUUCCACGACCGACCUCGCCGUCAUUUCCGAUCUCUUCACUCGGUACCUGAAUAGCGAGAGUUCGCCUGUCGUUGCGAGGGGUCUGUCGACGGAGCAGGCGGACGGGACAGUUAUUUCAUGGCUGUCGACGGGCUUGCAAGCGUUGUCGUUGACAGUCCCACUGAAGGAUCCGACCGGCGAGAUCGCCCCCAUCAAGACUAUCACUAUCGGAAACUUCAAUUUGGACUUCUCUUCGGAUGAUCCUUGGGCCCCGGUUGCGAACACGAACACGGUGCAAGCUUCCCUGAAGGUACCAUUCGGUUUCGACCUGUCCAUUGGUCAGAUCGAAAAUGCCUUCAACAUCAGCAAGAAUGGCUCUGCAGUGGCUGGACUUUCGACGCCUUUGGGGGCGUCGACGUCCGCGAUCAACGUCCUUGGACCGCAGGACACUGAAGGGUUAAUCAAUAUCAGCAUCGCAGACACGGCGCUCUCGAUCCCUGACGCCAUGCACUCGAUCUUCUCUCAAUUCACAACCGAUUUAACGGACGGCGCAUGGUACCAAUUCCAACUUAUCGGACAUGCUAGGGCGAUUGCCAAUCUGAGCAUCGGAGAGCUCACACUUGACCCUAUCAACUUCAAUGUGACGUCUGGAUUGGACGGUCUGGAAGGAUUGCAAGGUCUAGUUGAUAUUGAUAGCAUCGACGUUGUGGGCGGAACGACGGAAGGCUUGUCGCUCUCAAUUGAUGUUGACAUAUACAACCCAUCCAAUCUCAAUCUCUUCACCGGCGAUCUGGUUCUCCAACUGUGGCGCGGAGCUGGUCUUUUGGGAACGUCCACGUUACCAAAUCUUACUCUGGCCAUGGGCAACAAUUCGGUGUCCGCUACUGCCAUAUUCGCGCCCAACAACAGCACUGAGGGAUCGCAAACCCUCAACCAGUUCGUUGGAGGCGAGAAUGUGGACCUCGAAAUUUCGGGCUACGACGGUAGCACAAACGUGGCGUCGUUAUUGCAGGCUAUCCAUUCGCUCGGUAUCAACGCGACUCUACCUGGCUUGAACACCUCUCUAUUGCAGUCUGCUGCCCUCGAAGUCUUGGACACUACUGGACACGAGGACAACAACACCCAUGUGACGGUCACCCUCAACAAUCCCUUCACUGCGGACUUGCAGAUUACCCAGGUUGAAUCAAACGUGUCCGCUUUCGGUAUUCACCUUGGCUCCAUCUCGAUGGCCACCAACUUUUCGUCUGCAGGAAAGGACAACACCACGUCACCUAACCUUAAUUUGGACUUGAACCUCGCCCCUGAGCCCCUGUUUACGGUUACGCGUCGCCUGGCUGUUGAGGCUGGUUUGGACACAGAGCAACUCGAUGGGAUCGUCCAGCUGGGAGGAUAUCAGUACCUCGAUACGAGUGGUUUCUCGGACAAUGCGAAGCGAUCAACCCAUUCACCAAGGGACUACGUCGAUAGUCUUCUCGGUUUACCUAGUGCCGUUAGUGACGUAUACUCGGACCUGAAGUCGUACUUCAACGGUACCAAGUCAUCACUCGAGCGUCGCGACAAUAUCUACACAAACUUCAACCUGCCGAAUUUCGUGGACGCGGCAUUCAAGGGACUCAAAUCCGACGUAAAUCUCACCGCAGGCGUCACCAUCGGCGAUUACUCCACUAGUUUGACGUACAUGCAGUCUGGUGUCACUACCACUACGGACGAUUCAAUCAACCUCCUGCUCCCUAUCUUAGCUCUUCCUAUUGUCCAGAAGAUCGUUGACGCUUCGCUCCUUGGCGUGAACAACGUUCUCAUCAGCGACAUUGCGGAGGAUUCGUUCGCCACUUCACUCUCGGGCUUCAUCGACCAAUCUGGACCAUUUGAUGCCUCUAUAUCGUUCCCUUCGGGAUUGGACAUCGCAUGGCAGAACAGGUCCCUCGGGAACAUACAGAUGCCUGACAUCAAUAUCACCGGCGACGUUGGCGGGAACUUCUCUGUAGAUACGACGUUCAAUGUCGCGGACGUUGACCACCUCACUGAUUUUACCAAGGCAGGUCCCUUCCUACCAUUCACUUCGGAGACCUUCGAGUGGCAAAUUUCUGGGGAGAACCUUACCGUUUCUGCCAUCGGUAUAUCCGUUCCCGGAGUCUCCCUGUCAUCGAAGUCCGUCCAACUCAAGGGCUUGAACAAUCUCGCAAAUGGUGUUGUCAUCGACUCUUUCGAUCUUCCAGAGAACGAUCCCGAAGGUGGAAUACACCUCACAAUCCAGAGCACAGUCACAAACCCCUCGCAAGUCGGGUUCUCGCUGUCUUCCAUCGCCUUCCAAGCAUACUUCGGAGAUACGAACUUGGGUCCUGUGGCGUCGUCAGAUUUUACUCUUGGAUUCGAGUCGGCGACGUCACUUCCAUUAGCUGGCCGCCUUAUUCCACAAGAUUCCGACUCAGGAUUGGCCGACGUAUCCACCGUCUUCAACAAUUAUGUCCACGGCAUGAACAGCAACGUCACCGUAUGGGGAGACAGUGCUGGACCUACUAACGUGACAUGGCUUAACGAAGGCAUCAAGAGUCUACAGGUCCAGACAGUCUUGCCCAACAACGGCACUCUGGAUAUCAUCAAGUCGGUCGCCUUGGACGAGCUCAAUCUCCAGUUCUCCACAGAUUCGGUGUGGAAUCCCUCGACAAGCAGCAACGAUGCCAAUGCUGCGUUCACGAUUCCUUUCGGCUUCCCUAUCAAUAUCACAGCCGUCGAACAAAACAUUACGAUUGGUUCCAACGGCACGUUCAUCGGCGAGCUCGCCAUCCCGAAGGGCCCGACCACGACGGAUGUCGAUAACCGCAUCAUUUACCUCACGUUCUCCGACGUCCCGUUGUCUGCGUUCGGGGACAAGCACAGCUCGUUCCAGCAGUUCCUUGCAGAUACGACUGUCAAUGUCAAUGAGACCAUGACACUCUCGGGGAAUGCGAACACCGAUGCUGACACUGCGGUCGGCUUGCUCAGCCUCACUGAUAUCAGUUUCACGGUAGAUACCACCAUUGCUGGCUUGCAGGGUCUGAGCACGCAACCCGUCACCGUCUCGAACUUGGAUGUGGCCCAGGGUUUCACGGACUAUCUCUUGAUCACGGUCAAUGCGGCGCUGUUCAAUCCGAGCAACAUCACGAUAGGUGCGGGCGACGUCGCCUUUCCUCUCGAAUUCCAGGGUGCUCAAGUCGGGACGGCGGAUAUAAGCGAUAUCGAGAUUGAACCUGGAAACAACACAUACAACAUCGACGUCCACUACACCCCACAGGGCAGUGCGGUACCAAUCGGACAGCAACUCCUUGAGAAUUACCUCCAAGGAGUGUCUUCGAACACAACGAUCCAAGGUUCAACUGACUCGACACCUAUCGAGUCGUUGCAGCUUGCACUAUCAGAGAUUCAGCUCGCGGCGACCAUACCUGCCCUGCACCAAAAUUUGAUUACCAGCGCUUCCUUGGUGUUUCCUACUGAUAUCGUGCAGACCGGCGUUGCACGGAGUUCCUUCGUUCUGGACAACCCAUUCACGGCGAGUAUCAACAUAUUGGAUAUCACGGCAAACGCUACCUUCCAAGAUCUGUUCUUGGGCGACAUCGAUCACGUCGACGUGUCCUCCUCCCCUAUCCAUGCCGACGGACACGCGAAUAUUACUUCGGAGCAGAUACCUUUCAACUUCAACCUCGACCCUACAAUGAUCAUCAAACUCCUGACAGCUGGCGCCGCCAACAAUCGUGUGGGCCUUGGGCCCCUUCCGGAUCUCUUCAAUAUCGCCCUUGCGAAUCCCGACUAUGGAUCCCAGAUCAAUACGUCGGUAGUGACGGAUGGGUCAGAUUCUACCUGCGUCAGCGGGAAUCAGUUUGAUGUCGACGAUGCUAUCCUCAAUGCACUGAAGAACUUAGAUGUGACGUUGGCAAUUUCAACAUCUACGAAAAUCGACGAAUUUGCCACCAAUCUCGCGUUCUCCCAAUACAAUGUGUCCGCGAUCACCGAUGGGACAGCACUAUACCUGAUUGGAGCAGUGGCACCGCCGAUUGUGCAGACCUUGGUGGACCAAGCCUCUCUCACAUUUAGUCAGGCCAACAUCAGGCUCGUUCCUAGUAACAUCACCGACGCUGGUUUCGACCUUACUCUCAACGGUUCUCUGACGGGUACAGGCCCUCUCGACGCAGAAAUUACGUUCUUAGAACCAGUCAGCGUCUCUUGGGAGGGUAACAACAUUGCAGAGAUCUCGUUGCCUCCUGUGUGCGCUGGGGCAAACUCGGGUGUUCCCGUUUACCAGACCUCUGGUCACUUGACAAUCACGGACACCGACGCCUUCACUUCCUUUACGAGCUUCCUGCUUCACAAUCCCAGCUUCGAAUGGAUUGUCUCGACGCCUCAUCUUCGAGUCACUGCACUGGGGACGAACUUUGAUGGCGUAAACUUGAGCAAGAACAUCUCUCUCGACGGGUUCAACAAUCUACCGGGAGUUACAAUCAGUGACUUUGACCUCAUGGGAAGCACGAGCGACAGCGGUAUCGAGUUCGACACGAUUGCGUUAAUCCCAUCGCCCGCAGACCUGGGCAUCAAUCUCGGAACAGUUGGCUUCAUCGGUUUCUUUGAGGGGACUGAGAUCGGCCCAAUCACCGGUGAUAGCCUCUCGCUUGCGCCAAAGUCCGACACGAGCGAGCCUUUGAGUGGCGAAAUCAUACCUCCAAGUGACGCUAAUCUGUUCAAGAUCGACACGUUAUUCUCGCAAUACGUCUCAGGCGCGAACCAAACCCUCAACGUCGUGGGGGAUUCGGUGGAGCCCUCUGGUACUGGUUCUGCCGCCGUCGGGUGGCUGAGUACAGCGUUCAAGACCUUGGAUUUGAACGUGACGCUGCCAGGACUACAGCAGCAGUUGAUAUCAGAAGUUUCACUGACUUUCCCGACUGACAUCGUGCAGACGGGUGUCGCAGAGGCUACAUUUACACUGGAUAACCCCUUCACGGCUGGGUUGAACGUCUUCGAGAUCACGACUAACGCGACCUACAAGGACUUGUUCCUCGGAGACAUUGACCAUGUCGAUGUCUCUUCCUCGCCAAUUCAUGCCGACGGUCAUUCAAAUGUUACCUCGCAGUCGUUGCCUUUCAACUUCAACCUUGAUCCCACGACCAUCAUUACUUUACUGACCGAUGGUGCUGCAAACAAUGGUGUCGAUCUCGGUCCGCUGCCUGAUCUGUUCGCUAUUGCACUGGCGAAUCCCACAUAUGGCAGUCAGAUCAAUACUUCUGUCGUGACGGAUAACAGCAGCUCUGGGAACCAGUUUGAUGUGGACGACGCGAUCCUUGCGUCUUUCGAGAACCUUAACGUCGAUUUAGAUAUUGAGAGCGGGGUCCGUAUUGACCAAUCCUUCGCCGCCGACUUGACUUUCAACCAAUCGAAUAUCCCUGCUCUCACAGACAACACGGCUCUCUAUCUGAUAGGGGCAGUAGCUCCUCCGAUCGUCCAGACCUUAGUUGAUCAAGCGGAGCUCUCGUUCAGCCAAGCAAACAUCUCGAAUAUCACCAAUGAGGGCUUUGACUUGUCGUUAUCGGGUUCGUUGACCAACACUGGCCCACUUGAUGCGGAGAUUGCCUUCGUCGAACCUGUUACUGUCUCAUGGAAUGGCAACGACAUCGCCCAGAUAUCCCUUCCUUCGGUAUGUGCUAGUGCAAAUAGCGGUGUGCCGGACUACGAGACCAAUGGACAUUUAUCUAUCACUGACACAGACGGGUUCACGUCGUUCACCACCUUCUUACUGCAUAAUCCGAGCUUCGAAUGGAUUGUCUCGACCUCCGCCCUCCGGGUAACUGCACUUGGGACCAUUUUCGAUGGUGUACGCCUGAGCAAGAACAUCUCUCUGGAUGCCUUCAACAAUUUGCCUGGCGUGACGAUAAGCGACUUCGAUCUCACUGGUAGUACGAGUGACGGAGGCAUUACGUUCAACACAUCAUCAUCUAUUCCUUCCCCUGCCGAUCUCGGUAUCAACCUUGGCACGGUCGGGUUCUUCGCCUUCUUCGAAGGCACUGAGGUCGGCCCCAUCGAGGGGGACAGCCUCUCACUUGCACCGAAGUCCACCACAAUGGAAGUUUUGACCGGCGAAAUCGUCACACCGAGCGACAAUGAUCUAUCCGAGAUAGACAAGCUCUUCUCGCAGUAUGUCUCCGGAGUCAACCAGACGCUCAACGUCGACGGUGAUAGCGUAGAGCCGGGUGGACCUGGUACAGCAGAGAUUGGUUGGUUGAGUACCGCAUUCAAGACUCUCGAGCUGAAUGUUAUACUACCCGGGCUUCAAGAGUCUCUCAUCUCCGCCGUUUCUUUGACAUUUCCUACCGAUAUUGUGCAGACUGGAGUUGCCGAAGCCACAUUCACGCUUUCCAAUCCGUUCACGGCCGGACUGAAUGUUAUCGAAGCUUCUGCCAAUGCGACGUUCCGCAACUUGUCCCUCGGUGAUAUUGACCAUGUUGAUCUAUCAUCAUCGCCUAUCCAUGCGGAUGGACACUCGAACGUCACUUCUCAGGAUUUACCAUUCCACUUUAACCUUGAUCCCACGACUAUCAUUACGCUCUUAACGGAUGGGGCCUCCGACAAUGGCGUGGAUUUAGGGCCCCUGCCAGACUUAUUCGCUAUUGCACUCGCAAAUCCGGACUACGGCUCGCAAAUCAAUACGUCCGUCGUAACGGAUGGUAAUUCGUCGUGUGUGAGCGGCAACCAAUUUGACGUGGACGACGCCAUCCUGGCCGCACUCAAGAACCUUCAAGUUAACCUUGAUGUCGAGACCUUCGCCGCAGACAUCACGUUCAACCAAUCGAAUGUCCCCGCUCAGACGGAUUCUACGGCUCUGUAUUUGAUAGGUGCUGUGGCGCCCCCUAUCGUUCAAACCAUAGUAGACGAAGCUGUUCUCGCCUUUAACGAGGCAAACAUCACAAAUAUAACUGAUGAAGGCUUCGACUUGUCUCUCGUUGGCUCUCUGACUGACGCUGGUCCUCUCGAUGCGUUGAUCACCUUUGUGGACCCUGUGACGGUGUCAUGGAAUGGGAACGACAUUGCGGAGAUCACGCUUCCUCCCGUCUGCUCGGCUGCGAACUCUGGUGUUCCGAACUAUCAGACUGAUGCGCAUCUUACCAUCCUCGAUACUGAUGAGUUCACGACGUUCACGGAGUAUAUUCUCAGUAAUCCGAGCUUUGAGUGGAUCGUAUCGACAACUGCUCUUCGUGUGACCGCCCUCGGGACUGCCUUCGACAACGUCAAUCUUAGCAAAAACCUCACGUUCAAAGCUUUCAACAACCUUCCUGGCGUGACAAUCUCCAAUUUUGAUCUUCCCUCGGACGAUCCGGCCGGUGGGAUCCAUGUCGAGACAGAUGCUGACAUCCCUUCACCUGCACAACUCGGGAUCGAGCUUGGAACUGUAGCGUUUUCCGCAUUCUAUGAGGGUCUGGAGGUUGGAUCGCUCUCGGGUGACAAUCUGUUCCUGGCUGCCGAAUCGGACACAACCCUUCAUCUUUCCGGUCGCCUGAUUCCUCAGAGCGGUGAUGAUCUCAGUACCAUCGGGCAGCUCUUUACUCAAUUCCUGGCCGGUGAAAACUCAACCUUGAACGUAGAGGGAGAUUCAGUGCAGCCUCCUGGUGCAAGUGGCGCAGUUGGAUGGCUGACGACUGCUUUCAAAACCUUGACGCUGAACGUGACAUUACCUGGGGAGAAAUUCACGGUCAUCGAGUCCAUCAUGCUUUCCGAUUUGGAGUUAGUCAUGACGGACGACUCUGAAGCAUUUGCACCCCUAGCCAGCUCGGAGCACACCCUGGCCCAGUUCAAGAAUCCGUUCGGCUUCUCUCUCCAGGUUGUCGAUUCAGGCGAGAACAUCACUCUUUCGUCUGACGGAACCGAUAUUGCCGAGUUGGUUGUACCCUCGACCCCAACUGAGAGCGGCGUAUCUACAGGAAAUGUCGCCGAUCUGACCAUCAGCUUUUCCAAUGCGACAUUGACUUCUCUGAACAAUGACGCCUUCUCGGCGUUCUUCGAGGCAGUGACGGACACAGAGGGAGUCAGCUUCGAGUUAAAUGGGGAGGCUAAUAUCGUAGCCAGGACCUCUAUCGGCGAUGUCCCGAUCGCAGGUAUUGGAUUCAAUGUGACGACAAGCUUGGCUGGUCUCAACGGACUGGGCGGCACUGCGCAACUCAGCAACGUCUCUGUGACCGGCAGUGGAGGUGAUGGCGGGAGCGAGUAUAUUGUCGCACCUUUGACCGUUGCGCUCAGCAAUCCCUCCAACAUUUCCCUGGACACGGACGACGUGUCCUUCGCCGUGUACUAUGACAAUAUCAAGAUUGGAAGAGCAGCUAUUGACAACCUGAACCUGGUUCCAGGCGAUAACUCGGUUGAGGCAGAGUUCCACUACAUGCCAGAUGAUGCCAACGACACAAUCGCACAAGGAUUCAUCAGCGACUUCGUGCAGUCUUCCGACAGUCUUCCGCUUACCAUCAAAGGAGACGAGGACAGCUCACCGUAUGGAUCUCUUGUUCCUGCAUUGGAAGGUAUAACUAUCGAAACCAGUCUAGAGAGCAUGAAUGCUGCGCCAAUCAUCACGCACAUCAACGUGUUCAUAACUCUGGAUACUCUGCUCGAUAAUCUUGUCUCUAUCAAUUUCGAUCUCGCGAACCCUCUCGAUUCCGAUUUGACCGUCACAUUCUCCCAAGUCGACUCCGGUGUGGAUAAUACCACGUAUGCCCACUUCGACCAGAGCUUCGACAGCUUCGUUGUCCCAGCUGGAGGCACGGCCAAUUCUGGUACCUUCGGUAAUGUCCUUCUUACCAAAGGUGCUUUGCUUUCGUUGGGUAUUAUUCCACUGGGGUAUCUCGAUGUCUUUGCUGCCGCCACAAUCCAGGUUGGCGACCAGAGCGGAUAUACUCUUCCCUGGCUCCACAUCACGCAAUACGACGUUCCAACGACUUAUGGUCUUUCUCUCAGCAUAUCCGAGAUGCAGUCGAUCCUAACCAACUCGACGAACUCGACCUCGCCGGCGUCUAGCAUCCUCUCAGGUGCAGGAUCCGCCGCGUCUAGCAUCGUCUCAGGAGCUACUAGCUUCGCCGGCAGCGUCGUUUCUGGAGUGACCAGUGCUGCAGGAAGUAUCGUCAGCGGUGUUACCAGCGCAGCCGGAAGCGUUGUCAGUGAGAUUACGAGCGAUGCGGGCAGCGUGGUGAGCGAAGUGACGAGUGGCGUGGGGAGUGUAGUCAGCGAUGUUACCAGCGAUGCGGGAAGUAUCUUCAGUGAUGCGACGAGCGCGAUCGAUAGUGCAACGUCGGAGGCAGCGAGCGCGGCUGGAAGUGUAGUGUCAGGGAUUGUGGGAGGGAUUACGGGGGCGCUGCCUGAGCCAACGGUGGACGCUGCAACGGCGUCUUCGACUGCGUCAGCUUCGGACUCAGGCUCAUGA